AUGUCUUUCCAAGCAGUUUCAUCAGUUCUGGCUCUAGCUCUGGUAGUUCUGGCCGCGUCCAGCUCAGCCGCCAAGAACUCCACACUGGACAUCUCGUCCCGAGCCGGCUUCGCCAACUCGUACCAGCGCUACUUUGUCUACAACGACGAACCGGUGACCUUCUUCGAGGCCUGGCACAAGUGCCGAGCGCACGGACUCCGGCUGGCCUCGGUCCAUUCGGCGCUGGAUGACGUCAAACUGAUGGUGGCUAUUGCUCAGGAGGACAUCAACCAGCGGGGACCGUGGUGGAUCGCCGGAACGGAUCUCGGCAAGCCGGGAAGCUUCGUGUGGAUCACCGGUAACAAGCGGAUUGACGGCCGGGUCGGUUAUACGAACUUUGCCGCGGGACAACCGGAAAACUUAAGUGGAACUGGGCACUGCUUGGUGGCGGGAGGUGCAGGUGGAACGCAGUGGAACAAUGUGGACUGUGGAAGCAAAAGCAGGUAUAUCUGCGAGCUGGAUAAGUGUGAUUGUUGA